AUGUGGUGGUUGAUAUUAUUUUGUGUGUUCUACGUUAAAUCUAUUGCUGUGUUAGCAUCAAAUACAACUGGAAUCGAAUCUGCAAAUGUUUGCUCAGUGAAGCAGUUUCAGUGUGCGAAUAAGAGAUGUAUACCGAUAACAUGGGUUUGUGAAGGGGAAAACGACUGCGGCGACAACUCUGACGAAGAUAUCGAGGAGUGUAAAAAAGGUGAG